AUGCGUCUCCCUUACGUCCCCGACCCGCCGAACUUCACGUCCGAAGAAGACAAAGCCGUCGAGCAGCGCGUCAGACAACGGCGAGGCGAGAAGGGCCUCAUAGCUCUAGACCGGACAUUGCUUCAUGCUCCCCCGGUCGCGGACGGGUGGAACUCAUUCCUCGGCUCCAUCCGCACGAAAACCAGUCUUCCCACAUCCAUCCGCGAAACAGCCAUUUGCCGCGUUGCAGUUCUAAACAAGGCAUGGUACGAAUGGGAGUCUCAUUCGCCCAUUCUAGAAUCAGCUGAAGUCCUCGCCGUCCUAAACUCCUCCCCCAGACAACCACUCGCCGACUUAGGCGAGAAGCUGGGCGCUGUACUGGCAUACACGGAUGCCAUGACACUAGACGUGCGUGUGCCAGACAGCGUGUUCGAGCAGUUGAAAACAGUGGGGUUUAGCGAGAAGGAGAUUGUGGAGAUUACAGCGACGGUCGCGGCGUAUAAUUGCGUGAGUAGGUUUUUGGUUGCGUUGGAUGUGGGGGAGAGGAAUGCGCAGACGGGGCCGAAGGAGGGGGGGAAGGAGUGA